AUGUCGAGCGCACUCGAGCUGCUCAACCCGCGCGCAGACCUCGCAAGGAGGGAGCAGGCAUUCCAACUGAACUGCACGGGCGCACUCGGACUCGCCAAUGUCGUCAAGUCCAACUUGGGUGCGUUGGGCACCCUGAAAAUGCUGGUGGACGGCUCAGGACAGCUCAAGAUGACCAAGGACGGAAAGGUCCUCCUCAGCGAGAUGCAGAUCCAGAACCCUACGGCGGCGUUGAUUGCACGAACGGCGGUCGCGCAGGAUGAGAUGACCGGAGACGGAACGACCAGUGUUGUCCUCCUUGUCGGCGAACUCUUGAACCAGUCCCUGCGAUACACGUCCGAAGGCGUCCACCCCCGCGUCCUCGCCGACGGUUUCGAAGUCGCCAAAAACGCCCUCACCUCGUUCCUCGACUCGUUCAAAGUGCCCCUCGCCUCGUCCUCCUCCACCCCCGCAACUCCCUCGCACGAGACCCUCGUCCAGGUCGCCUUCACCAGUCUCGCCACCAAGGUCCACAAGUCGCUUGCGCAGUCGCUCGCUCAGGCGGUCGUCGAUGCGGUCCUUGCGAUCCGCCAGCCUUCGGCUGUUCCAGGCAAGGAGGGCCAGUUCGAGCCCGUCGACUUGCACAUGGUCGAGUUGAUGAAGAUGCAGCACAUGACCGACUCGGACACGAGGCUCGUCAAGGGACUGGUGCUGGAUCACGGACCCCGCCAUCCUGACAUGCCCAAGCGCCUCGAGAACUGCUUCAUCCUCACCCUCAACGUCUCGCUCGAGUACGAGAAGACCGAGGUCAACUCGGGCUUCUUCUACUCGUCCGCCGAGCAGCGCGAAAAGCUCGUCGAGUCCGAGCGCCGCUUCACCGACGCCAAAGUCCGCAAGAUCAUCGAACUCAAGCGUCUCGUCUGCGACCAAAAGCUCGACGGUGAAGGAAACCCGGUGGGCGAGGUCAAGAACUUUGUCGUCAUCAACCAGAAGGGUAUCGAUCCCCUCUCGUUGGACAUGCUCGCGAAGCAGGGAAUCAUGGCGCUGAGGCGGGCGAAGCGGAGGAACAUGGAGAGGCUCCAGCUCGUCUGCGGCGGCACGGCGCAGAACUCGGUGGACGACCUCACGCCCGACGUUCUCGGCCACGCCGGACUCGUCUACGAGCACACGCUCGGCGAGGAGAAGUUUACAUUCGUCGAGGAGGUCAAGGAGCCCAAGAGCGUCACUAUGCUCGUCAAGGGCCCCAACGCACACACCAUCUCUCAGAUCUCCGACGCGAUCCGCGACGGCCUUCGCGCAGUCAAGAACGCCCUCGAAGACUCGUCCCUCAUCCCCGGUGCCGGCGCGUUCGAGAUCGCCGCGCACCGACACCUCGUCGAGGACGUCAAGAAGAACGAAGCCAAGGGCCGUGCGAAGCUCGGUGUGCAGGCUUUUGCGGAUGCGCUGUUGGUUAUCCCGAAGACGUUGGCGGUCAAUGCGGGCUUGGACGUGCAGGAUGCGAUCGUGGCGUUGCAGGACGAAGCUGCGGACGGCCACGUCGUUGGCCUCGACCUCGCAACAGGCGAACCUCUCGACCCUGUGACGGAGGGCGUCUGGGACAACUACCGCGUCAAGAGGCACAUGAUCCACUCUGCUGCCGUCAUCGCCUCGAACCUCCUCAUCACCGACGAGAUGAUGCGCGCCGGCCGAUCAUCCCUCAAGGGCAACGACGAGCCCAGCGGUCCGCAAUAG